CAUUUCAUCUGUCAAAGAUAGGGAAAAAAAUCCAGUUGCCUUCGCGUACGUCGAUACGUCUCUAUCUGCUUCCAAAAUACGGGACAUAUUCCGGAUUGUUUUUGAUUAUCCGGUGUUGCUCAGUCCUGCUUUUUUCCUUUCUGAAUCCUCUUGACUGUCCAUUACGUGUUUCGAUGCGUAUUCUUCCGGCAGGUAGCAGUUCCGUUUUGGUUUGAUUUGUUCGGACGAACAUCAGUUUCGGGCAGCAGGUAGUGAUGAUCACCAAUCUGGUAAUGACCCGGUUACGGCACCUGCUGGUCACCGUAGCUGCCCUUCUGAAGCGCAUCCUCUGCUGCUGUUCCCGCCGCAGGAAAGGUUCGACCAGCGAUGGGGCCGGGGCUGGCGAUGCCGCGCUUAGUUCCGUGGACGUGGUGCGCGAUUCCGGAACUAGAUUUAAGAAUGUCGUGGAAAAAGACUGGAACUCGUGGGACGAUUCCCCCUCGACAGUGGAGGAGCACAUCGAGCGUUACCGGGAGCAGCUGGCUGCUCCGCCUCCGCCUAAGGAACCGCCCCCGGAGGAGCAAAUCGAUUUCUUCGAAGACAUGGCACCGAAGACAUUCAGUCAGCCGAAACUGUUCAUCGCAGAGGACCGACCGCUCGACGGAAGUGGGUCGCAAUUUUCACGCCUAACGGCCCAGAUCGACAUUCCGGUGGAGGAUGGACUGACCGAUUGGAACGACGAUGGGACGCGGGCCGGAUGGGACGACGCCGACGAAAAUACCACCAAACAGCUGAUCCGGGAAACGCGAAAGGAGCUCCGGCAGCAACGGCAGAUGCAGCACCAUCGUGGGUAUUACAAGUGAGAGUGGUCUUUUCGCUUUUCUGUAUUUAAUAAUUCGGUAAGUUUAUUUUUUGCGUAAUUUUAGUUAACUUUCUCUCGAUUUGCCGAGGGAAUGGAUUCGCGUUGAGUCAUUAUAGUUUUUAUGUGAUUUUUAGUAGAAUUAUAUUCGAGCAUUUGAAAUGCC